AUGGACCAUGUGCUUCGAACGGCAUCGUCAAUAUUCGCCCAGCUUGCUGGACCGUCGGAUCCUUCUACCGCAAGAGAACUUCUCAGUAAAACAACUGUCUUUAUACAGAUCAUCGAGGCUAGCCCUUGUGCACAGCAUCUUCCGAAAUACGAUACGAAUGUCGUGAAACUACAAGUGAAUGAUUUGCAACGUGAAGCCAGCGAAAGCGGUAUGCCUCUCACGAUCACAAAUUACUUCACAAUUGUAGUUCGGAAGAUGAUUGAACAAGUACUACAAGUAUUUUGUAAGAUAAUUGCAAGAUACCUGACCGAAUGCGGUAACAAGGAUCGUCUGGUCCUGAUUGCCCCUCCGAAGCGAUCCUUAUUCACUUAUGCUGUUUGGAGAAGCGAUCUUUGUCUCGAAGCCAUCCAGAGUGGUGCAUUACAUUCGGUGCUGAAGCUGGUCCGUCAAACGACGACACCUCCGGAGACGACCAAAUUGCUUCUACGAGCGCUCGCCGUGCUUUGCGCGGGUUUCGAAAAGAUGUCUGGUUCACUUUGCUAG